ACUACAAUUUAUUAUUUUUUUUAUAAAAUUUGCAAAAGUUCAACCUCAAAGACCAAGGCACCAUGAAUUAUCUCAUACAGCGCGGAAAGGUUCGCAAUCAGAUGAUCAAUGUGCCGCAGGGAUUGCCUGAACUCUUGUCGGACAUCACACGAGAAGUUCUGCGCUGCCAGCCCACCACCGAAUGCCUUUGCCAAUUCAUCAUCGACUACCUUCAUUCGGUGAUCGUGACUCGAGAGAAAGCCAGAGUGGCCAAAAGCAUCAUUGAUCGCGCACUGGCGGUGGUGGACGAAAUCAUUGCGGACAUGUGCGUAUGCGAUAUCAGCAAGGACAAGGCGCAGCAGAUGUCAAUGCAUAUGGAGGAGUGCUUCCGACGUUUCCUCAGUCGAAUGCGUUGCGAACAGCGAAAGGAUAUCGAAGUCGUGCGAUUCGAGGAGCAGGACAUGCUAAAUGCGAUGAUCGAACGCUGCAAAUUCACUGAGCAGGAAUUGAGAAUUUCCAAACCCAUGAUUGAGGCUGCCUAUCGCCGUUUUAUCGAUGCCUAUAUGAAGGCUCAUGAGGACUUUGAAGGUACUGAAGAGCUAUAUCAGUACUUUAAGCAGCGUGAACUCAGCCGGCAGGAAGAGGAGAAGGAAAAAUCGGCCGCCACUAAAAUUCAGGUUUGGAUAUACAAAUCGCGGAUAGCUCAAUAUUUUAAAGGUUAA